CAACUCCUAAAAUUAACCGGUGGAUCAAUUUGAGAGAGAAACCAGGCAGCCAUUUACAGAGCAGUCUGAGAACAGCACACAAUGAGACCACAGAUCGUCCUGUUUGGGGAUUCAAUUACCGAGCAGUCUUUCAGAUCAGGCGGCUGGGGUGCCUCCCUCGCCGACACUUACUCUCGCAAGGCCGAUGUCUUCAACCGUGGCUAUGGCGGGUACAACACCAGAUGGGCCUUGUUCUUGCUGCAUCACAUCUUCCCUCUCGAUGGAAGAAAGGCUCCCAUUGCCGCCACAGUCUUCUUUGGGGCUAAUGAUGCGGCUCUUUUGGGCAGAACUAGCGAAAGACAACAUGUUCCGGUGGAUGAAUAUAAGGAGAACCUCAGGAAGAUUGUCAAGCAUUUGAAGGAAUCUUCACCUGCCAUUCUGGUUGUGCUUAUUACUCCACCACCAGUAGAUGAGCCGGGGCGUAAAGCAUAUGCCAUGUCGGUAUAUGGUGAGAAAGCUAUGGAACACCCCGAGAGGACAAAUGACAUGGCUGGAGUUUAUGCUCAGCACUGUGUGGAUUUGGCCAAGGAACUGGGUGUGCGCUCCAUUAAUUUAUGGUCCAAGAUGCAGGAAACUGAUGGCUGGCAGCAAAAUUAUCUAAGCGACGGUCUACACUUGACACCGGAAGGAAAUGCAGUGGUGUUCGAGGAAGUAGUAAAAGUUUUCAGUGAAGCAUGGCUAUCUCCUGCAGAAAUGCCAUUGGAUUUCCCUCACCAUUCUCAAAUCGAAGGGGAAAACCCUGAGAAAGCUUUCCAACAUCUGUGCUUGUAGCUUUGACGAGGUUUGUAUCUAUUUUUCCUUGGAGGAUCGAUCACUUGAUUGGUUUGCUGCUCAAUUUCGAGUUCCUCAUUGGCAUAUCGUCCCUUGACAUAUUAGGGUGUGUUCAACGUCGGAAGAAAGUCGAGGCACGACUCGUAUAGUGUUUAAUCUUUUAGUAUACAGAUAACAAAGUAAAUCCGACUGGGUAAACAUAGUGUAGAGGGAUUUUCCCUCAAAAAUACUUUACACCCUAUAAAAAAUUCUCAAAGUAAAACACUCAGGGCUGAACCAGGUGGUGAGGGGAAAAUUAUAUUACCUCUUAUCCACCAUCAUAUUCUAACACACAAUUUUAUUCUAAAGAGUUUGGUCACGAAAUUUCGAGCGCGAAAUUUGGAGAACUAGUAUUAUUUUGUUAAGAAUAAUGAGUUAUUUUAUGUGGA